AGGAAUCAUGCACGAUUGCUACCCCAGAGGUUCACGUGCAGCACAGAAGGAGCACGACCACGAGUGCUAGAAGAUCAAAACCUACACCUCUACAAAAACGAAGAUCUACCCGCCCAUUGCAUCUCUGAAAUUUGUUUUCCUUCAAAAUAACAAUAAGCCAUGCAGGACCACCAUUCUGACAGUGGAGACGGAGAGCGACGGGACCCUGCUGUUCGCCAGACUGAAUCCGCUGCUUUUCACAUGCAGCACAGGAACGGCGCGCUCGCGGCGCCGGCGGAUAAUCAGGGGGAAGCUGUGGGGGUGUUGAGCAGGAACAUUGACCGGUGGGCUGACCACCAAGUUGCGGCAAAGCAGGCGCUCUGGAAAAGGCCGAGAAUCGGUAGUAGUACUACACUUUCCUUUCCUUUUUAUUUUCGUUGCGCCUACUUAUUUGGGCUGCUGGGUCUUUUCAACAUGGUGUCGCCCUCCAAUGCAGCGGGCGGUGACCAGGAGCCGCUGCAGCAGGACCUGUAUGCAGAAAAAAAACUGUGUCAGUGUAGGAAGAGAAACUUUUUUGGAAUGCCAGAGCAUCACAUCAAUUGCCAGAGAACAGCCUGUCGUGCGGCGCACACUCGGGUGUGUGUGUGUGCUGUCAACCUUCCAGCAUUUAUUUUGUUACGCGACUGCAUUAGUGUCGUGCAUGUUUAUCUCCAUUUAGCACUACACCAAGGCAGUUUUUUGUCCUGUAUAACCCGCGCGAGACGGCUAGUCGAGCCACAGCAGGCGAACACGAAGUUGAAGGGCCGCCGAGCAGGAAAGCAAAGACAGCGCGAAGAGGAAGAAAUCGUGGUCGCUAUGCCUCGCAAAUACUGAUAAUGUCAUCUGGGUCUCCUGAAACGCUCCCGAAUCGGGAGUCCCGAUCUUUGUUGUGCAACAGUUCGUUGUGCUAUGUUGUUUGGAGUGCUGCUGUCGUGCAUGGCCUAGCGUCACAAGUUCAUCUGCGAGGGCUUUGCAAUGCCUUGCCUUGGCUUGUGCCCUGCAUGUAGAGUAGAAACCUGUUCUGUGUGUCGCAAAAUCUGUUUCUGAGCAGCGGUUGCUACUCCACAACACGCAAGAUGAAAAUUUUGAUUUUGUACUACUUCCCACAGACAGAGACAGCUAGCAGCGGUAUACACAAAGUUGCAUGUUUCCAGAAGAUGACCCAGAGGACGCACUUGCAGUGGAUAAACGCGCAGCAACCCAGGAAACGUCCAAGCCCACCGUUCUGGAUGACUUCUUGCGGAACGAGUUUGGCUCUGCUCCCCGUGGGCGUGGGCCGGAGCCAUUUGGACCCUAUGACGACGAGGACGACUCUAUCCUGUGUAAAAACGUACCCACCCCAUCCCCAGCAUUUUUUUUAUGGAAGCCUUUGCCUCCGAUGUCUUUGUCGUCAUGCAUCUGAAUGCCCACGGCCACGCCCGGGAUGUCACCGUGUCUCCGUUCUUGCCCACCUCCCGGGGAAGGGAUCCGCAGCCUGUGGCGCUGGGUGCGAGUGUUUGUUAGUCCAAUAUGAUGAUGUGUCUCAUGGUCAUGCGCAUCCCCUUGAGGAGCAUUUGCCAUUCGCGUUUUCAAAUCAAUCUUCAUUCUCGAUUGCUCAUAAAUCAGACUAAGGGGGUCUUCAAUAAGUUUGUAAUUUAUUGUGACAUCACGACGACGCUGCCUUUCAUCAUGAUCAUUCCCAAGCACGACUACGUGUAAUUAUUACACUACGUGUCCGAAUUUCUAAUGCGGAGCUCACAAAUGCAACUCUUGUAGAUUUGUCAAGCAGAGAUCGUGAUUAUGGGGUGAGUACCUUUUUCUGCAGGAUAGCCGACAAGUGGGCUCGGGAGAAGCAGAGAAAGCAGGAGCGCGGACUGGCCAGCGAUACGCCGGAUGGCGCCUCCUCUCUGGAGGUCAAAAAGAAGAAACGCGCGGCGCGGCGGAAGACACAAAAAAAGAACGCGAAAGCCACUACUGGGGGAGCCGCAGGCGAGGCGGGGGAGACCGAAACCAAGCAGGCGAAGCCCGACCCGCGUAUCGAAGUCGAGGGUACGAAGAUGAAAAAAGACGAUGCCGCAGCCGGGCCGGCUAUCCAGUGUAAAAAUGCAUGAGGCCUCACGACAAGACGGGAACAACUACGUAGUAGUCCCGCCGGAAAAGUUGAAGUCGAACGCGAGACAAAUGAUUUCGUCGGGCUUUUUCAUUGCCCAUAAAACACAAAUGUGAUGAAGCUACAGAGCCUUAUAUUUAUGCUCCACGUGCCCAGGUUAGAGAAGCUGCGUGCUUGUAUCACUACUAGCCCUCUUUCUCAUCCUGCUGCAUAGGCCAUGAAAUUAUACUUCCAAACUCUAGUAAGGCGUGGCGCUCAUAAUGGGCUUUGAAACAUGCGACGCGUUUUCACCUGAGAAGUCUGACGUGAGGACGUUUUUGCACGGGAUAGUGCCUAGACCGCGGGACUCCGCAUGCAAUGGGGGUGAAGACCAAGACGGGGCUAAUUGCGACCUUGGAAAUAUGGAAGCGUCAAGGGGGAAAUUGUCCAAGUGGUGGCAAUCUGUACAAUCACAAUGCAUAGCACUUUACAACUUGAAAGUUGCGACAUCCACAUCAUUAGGCUCAGCCACAGCUCCACUAGAACUAGAUGGAGCCGGGUCUGCCGUUCGUAAUAAAUAAGCACGUUGCAAAUCGGGCGAAUCUGUCACGUGCUCUGUGUGCAAAGAGAACUCCGAUUUGGGGUAGCUCCUCGUCCUUCCUUCAUCAUGAGCGGCCUAACCUGGCGUAAGUGAUGUACGACUUGGCUCCCCCGGCCCUGGUGGGCCUGGCUCUGCAAUACGAACGCUUUGCGGACAAUGCUAUGUGUCAGGCGUUUUCUCGGAGGCAAUAGUAGAAGAGGGGGCCGGGGCGGACGCGGAGGCGUCGGGAGUUCCAUGUGUGAGAAACGAGCCGCUUCAUCUGCGGAAUGCUCCCCCUCCACACGUUGCGUUUGUGGCAAGUAGUGGUUGCUCUGUUAAGUAGGUGUAUCAUUUUCUAGCACGAUAUGAAACCAUCUGCAUUUUGUCGAUUUCCCGCCUGACGCAUGGAUAGGAGACGUGGGAGAUGACGUUGACAAGAAGAAGAUCAGUGAGUUCUUGGAGCACAAGGACAGCACCCCUACCACUGGAGCUGACGAUCGAGAGCGCCGUCUCUCUGCGACUCACAAAAAACACGACGGGGAUACAUCCGGCGACGCAGAAGCAAACCCUCAUGACGGUACUUUUCUUGACACUGCUAGGACUAAUGUGGUGUUUUGAUAUUGACCGGCACUGCUCCGAAAAAAGAAAAAGAACAACACGGAAAACUCAACUCUCAUGUCGGAAGAAACAACCCAGACAUUUUGCACACUGUUUGCGGUUCCGCAAAUUCUUUUGUCUUGCACCGCUUGUUUUUUUGACUCUUGAUCUUGAUCUAUUUGAUCACACAGCAGAUGAUGUUGUACUUACAAAAGAGCAUUGAUUAUAACCCACACCUAAAGAUGAAAAUGAACGAUACAACCUGCAGCGGGAUUUUUUGCAAUGGAACAAAAUGAACACCAGGAGCCGUUUUCUUGAUUUUGUAUUGAAGCUCUAGAUGUAGCUCUCCAGCUCUUGAUGUUCCGCUAGAAUGUCUGUAAUGCCUAGGUGAAAGCCAGGUAUUAAAGGCAGUCCAGCUCUUGCUCUUGCCUGAGAGAUGCCAUCGGUGUCUUUUUCUUUUGCGAGAUUCUUACUUUUCUUUCUGAUGAUCUUCCGUAGUUGCCAUAAAGUAUUCUUUCUGUCCUCACCACUCUGAGGAAAGCAAGAAUCUAGUCCAUCGGGGGGGGAGAGUGGGGCUUGUUCUUUUUUUUUUUUUUUCCCGUUUGGCCAAUGGGCAGACUAGGGCUGGCAAGGCCGGCGGAUCUUUUGCAAAGAUGAAAACCCCCAGUGACUUUCUUCCUUUUAUCGCGCAACCUCCUAAAAGAUUCUUUGAGGUGCCAAGAUUGGGACCAAAGAAUAAAAAAAAAAAAACUCAAGAGCGCAAAACAGUAAAAGAAAGAAAAACGCGCCACCUUCCAGCACCCGCCGGGCUGGAAAGGAGAAAACUCAUAUAAAAGAAAAGAAAAGGCAAGGCUCCAAGCCUAGGCGGUGGCAACUGGCGGCGCAGGGCAUAACUCCGUGUUUUCCUGUGGCCCCCGGUGGCGUCGGUAUACCUCUCCUUCCGCUCCGGCGGUUCGAGAGUCAGCGAGACCCCUGGUAGCGCUGUGGUUCUUGGAUCCGGUUUGACGUCAGGUUGAGCACGUGAGGCGGGUUGUUCAGCACUGGCGGCUCUUUGGAGGUUGAUCUGCUCACACGGAUGAGGAGGUAGUGUGAUGCUUAUCUGAAGCGCAGCAGCAGUGAGUUUUCGGACUCACUCAUACUGUGCGACUCCCUACACUUGGUCGUUCACCGCUAAAACGGGUGGUGUUUGGUCUUGUUGUAGUGCCUAAGCUCUCAGGAGUUUUCGCAAAGGACUUGCUCUCAGGAUUCUUUAGCUGUAUAUGUCAGACAGUUACUCGCAGGCCAUAAGAGGCGAGCAAAGGGUUGAUAUUGACCGGCAUGCGUCACUCGUGAUUUCAUCUUCGGAGAAAUGAGUACGAGUGUCAAGGCAUGGGAGAAGGGCCGGCCUGUCUGCAUUCAUUUGGUGCUGUGCCGAGAGGCGGUCGGGUCCGGCGGCUUCCCUCCUCGUUGAGUAUGUCAACUUAGUAAGGCGCAUAAGUAAGUAAUUAGACGAAAGUGCAGCAACGAUUUCGUUUGUACAGAGAUCAAGUAGCCAACGUAAAAUUCAUUUACAAUAGGAACCCCCGAGGCGAUGCCGAGGACCGAAGAGCGACCACAGGAGACCGUGGCGGCAUAUGGCCCGCUCAGGUGUUACAAUCUCAACUGUUUCCAAUAAUCAUCAUCAUGUGUCGUAAAAAAAUUUUUGGAUUUGCGCUGUCUCCACUCUGCCGGCAUGACAUGUUAUGGACUCACGCAACAGCACUGCAAUCCAUAUCCAGUCCAAGUCUGUCGAGCGAGAAAUGGAACAUGUUCGUGUCUUCCAUUGCUGGUUGAUCCAGCUGCAUCGCAGAGCAUUUCCGCGUUCAUUGAUGUCACAGAUGAGAUUGUAACACAUGAGCGAACGUCUAUACGGCAAACAAGGAGACGUUUCUGGAGCAGACGCUCGACGGGAGCAGGCGGCGGCAGGAUGAAGCCCCCGAAAAGGCUCCGGCGGAAAUGGACAAGGUAUCUGAGAAAGGCGAAGACCCAGCAGGCUUGCCAACUGGUUCCUCUUCGUCCUCGAUGGUGCAGAAAGAGGAGAUGAAACUCAAGCCUCUAGUACCAUCGUUUGGUAAACUUGCUGCGGCUGUGGGAGGUUUGGGAACAGCAAAAAAGAGUCCCGGUCCGGAGUCCCUUGGAGGUCCGGUGGUGCUACCAGCGCCUCCGGCGCUUAAAUUUCAGAUCCCAGGCAGGCCGCAGAUUCACUUGACUUUCGUGAAACCGCCGUUGCCCCCCAAGCACGAGAAAGGACAGGAUUGGUACUGGGCGCCUUCCCCCGGGGCGCACGGGGAAGGCGAGCCUCCCCCAGAACUGCCAGGCUCGACGCCUCCCCAAUGACCGACAUCGUACUGCUAUUGCGCCACCAGCGCAGAGUAAGUAAGUACCGCUCGUGAGUAAGUUAGUACGUGCUUCAGGAACAACGACCUUCCAAGGACCUUUUUAGGCGCAGAAGACAAAGACUCCUAGUAAGUGAGUACGUGCUAGUACCUGGUUGCAACGAGCACGACCCCCACAAGCACAACCACUUCCGUCACCUUGAUCCUAAAUCGUUAUUGUAUAUGUCCAUGUUGUGGUCGUUUUGUUGUCCUGAUUGAUUUUUUCUUUCCCGUUUUCUUCGUCUUUUCUCGAGAACGAUUCAAGAUUGUGUACAUCUCUGGCGGUCGUGCACGAGAAAUAUGAACAAUGAAAAUAUGUGCACGAGAAAUGUGAGACUCCGCACAAUGAAAUAUCGGCAUGCCAACAUUGCGUCUUUCCCUGAAGUAAAUUGUAUUUGCCUGAAGUAAAUUUUGAAUAUGAUCAUGCUUCUCUGUGGCGACAUUGCGCCUGCCCGAAUCGUC